UCCCCGACUGCAUCUUGCGGGCGGCUGUGGACGCUGGUGGCUGGCGGAGCUCCCGGAACCCGCGCGCCGCGCACCUGGACCGGAGACAGCUCUGGGGCUGCGCGCGGGGCGAGGCGACUCUCAUCCCAGCCCGGCGCUGCGCAUCGCACGGACCAGAGGGGCAGGCGAGGCGCACAGUGACCUCCAAGUUUCGGGCAGCGAGGCUGCGAUCCUCAAGAUGGGGCCCUGCGCUCCGCGCGCGCUCCUCCUCCUGCUGCUCCUCGCCGGCCCCUGCGCGCGGGCUUUCCAGGGCUGUCUCAACAAGCAGCAGCUUCUUACCACCAUCCGCCAGUUGCAGCAGCUGCUGAAGGGCCAGGAGACCCGCUUCGCGGAGGGCAUCCGCAACAUGAAGAGCCGGUUGGCCUCGCUGCAGAAUUCUGUGAGCAGAGUGGCCCCAGAGACGCCCCCAGUUUCCUGUCCCUCUCUGGAUGCCCCUCUGGAUGGCAGAAAGUUUGGAAACAAGUACUUAGUGGAUCAUGAAGUCCAUUUUACUUGCAACCCUGGGUUCCAGCUGGUUGGGCCCAGCAGUGUGGUGUGUCUUGCCAACGGCACCUGGACUGGGGAGCAGCCCCACUGCAGAGAUAUUAGUCAGUGCUCUAGUCAGCCUUGUCACUAUGGUGGAACAUGUGUGGAAGGGGUCAACCAGUACAGAUGCAUCUGUCCUCCAGAAAGAACUGGGAACCGCUGUCAGCAUCAGGCCCAGGCUGCGGCCCCGCAGGACAGAGCGGACCGCGACUCUGCCUUCAGUCGCGCGCCGCGCUGCGCGCAGGUGGAGCGGACACAGCACUGCAGCUGCGAGGCCGGAUUCCACCUGAGCGGCGUCGCGGGUGGCGAGAGCGUCUGCCAGGAUGUGAAUGAAUGUGAGAUCUACGGGCAGGAGGGACGCCCCCGGCUCUGCAUGCAUGCCUGCGUAAACACUCCUGGCUCCUAUCGUUGCACCUGCCCCAGUGGAUACCAGACGCUGGCUGAUGGGAAGAGCUGUGAGGAUGUAGAUGAGUGUGUGGGCCCUCAGCAAGUGUGUCCCCGAGGGACCAUGUGCAUCAACACUGGAGGAGGCUUCCAGUGUGUCAACCCUGAGUGCCCUGAGGGCAGCGGCAACAUUAGCUAUGUGAAGACAUCUCCCUUCCAGUGUGAACGAAACCCUUGUCCCAUGGACAGCAGGCCCUGUCGCCACCUACCCAAGACCAUCUCCUUCCAUUACCUCUCUCUGCCCUCCAACCUGAAGACACCCAUCACACUCUUCCGAAUGGCCACAGCCACAGCCCCUGGCCGGCCUGGGCCCAGCAGCCUGCGCUUUGGGAUUGUGGGCGGGAACAGCCGUGGCCACUUUGUGAUGCAGCGCUCAGACAGACAGACAGGGGAGCUGAUCCUCGUCCAGACCCUGGAGGGCCCUCAGACUCUGGAGGUGGACGUAGACAUGUCUGAAUACCUGGAACGCUCCUUCCAGGCCAACCAUGUGUCCAAAGUCACCAUCUUUGUGUCCCUCUAUGACUUCUAAGACUGUCAUGGUGGUGGGCUAUGGGGUAUGAGAUCUGGGCUGAUCCCCACUCCCGACCCCCAGGACUCAACUGUGAGCCAGGGCUGUGACAGACAUCUCUCCUCUCCAUCCUACGCUCGCACACAUUACCUGUCCCCCCAGGCUUCCAGGGGCAAUGCUGUGCUCUGUCCCAUGGGGCAGAAGAGAAGUUGUGGAACCAAUGCUGUACCACCACCACUUUCGUUUUUCUGCUUUAAGGCCUUCUCCUCUCCCCCGCCCCCAGACAGGCAGCAUUUUGAAAUGUUGUGUGAAUGCCAUUGUGAGCUUGAACGAGCUGAGGAGGAGGAGGAGCUCAUGUAUGUCCAAAAUGAUAGACAACCACAGUCCUGUAUUGUGUUAGUAAAGCUUGUUAUGACUGAACAAGUUUCAACUCUGCUGAGGGUCCAGUGCCCCCUGUGAGACACCCAGUGUGAUGUUUAUAUCUAAAUUCAUCUGUGUCACACAAGCCAGCCUCCUUAUCAGAGAACCAGGGGAAGUUCUGUGAAUCUGGUAUGGAUCCUUCUUGACUACAGAGCCGACAUUAAAGUGUGGACUCUACCUGAGUUUCUUCUCUUUUGAGAAACCAUAACUCAAUAACAUGGCCUGGUAUUAUAGCUGAAGAAAUAAAGUCUGCUGCUCCUCUCUGCCCACCUGA